UAAUUUGUGCAUGUGAGAGUGAGAAGGAGCCCGAGCGAGAGUUGUAUAAUCUGUCCAUUUUGUGUCUCCCCUCUCCCUGCGUCUCUUUGUGCCCCCACCUGGUUUUCAUGCGUCACGGGAGUUUAUAAUAAGGAAGGACCUGUGAAAAGUUGUGGACUGAACGGAACACACGGAACUCCUCCCGGUGACAGAGCAGGAGCAGUCCUCGCAUGUCUUUCAGGCUGGAACGAAGCUCAGAUUUGGACCCAAAGCAUCACUGAGAGUGUCAGUGUGCAGGAGAAUUUUGGAGCAUGCAGCUCGGUUCACUGAUCAGGCUCUGUGUGCUGUUGGCUUCUGUGGAGGUCACAACCUCCACAACCAAAGCUGCCAAGAGGAAGGCGGCCUCUCGUAGGUCCAGACAGGUUUUUGAGGUGGAGCCUGUGGAGGGCGUGUGGUCCCUCUGGGGGGAGUGGUCAGAAUGUUCUCAAACUUGCGGCGUAGGUGUCUCACUGAGAAGCAGGCUGUGUCUGGCCCCUCCACCUCCUCAGACCCGCCCCUUCUCCCCACUCAAUUGGGCAGGAUAUCUCCCUGGGGGCAACGGACGCCCUGCGACCUCACCUGUGAGCCCAUACUACCAGUCUCGUCACCCUGGGCAACAUCCAUCGUAUAACUCUCCAUCAGUCUCCACCAAUAACAACCCAGGAUUGCCCUUGUAUCUGAACUCACCUGCUGCUGCUCCAGGGCAACCUGCCCGCUCGCUUCCUUUUUAUCAUCCAGAUUUUCCCUCAACCAAUCAAGAUGCAGUUUCUUCUUACCGCUCCCCCUACCACGUGCCUUCACAAGGCUACAACCAGCCACCAAGAGUCUUCAGGAGGCCACAAAACCCAGGAGCAGAGAGAGCCGGAGCAGGUGGGAGCAGACGCUCAGUCUCGACCAAUCGAGAGGUUUCAACUUCAAGGAGGCCUUCCAGUAUCCGUCCAGGUCAGUUUGGAUAUGGCAAAGUUCCUUUCUCUCUGUCCCUGCAUCGGACCAAUAGGCAGGCUCGCCACACGGUUAAUGGCACUGAUGAGACCCUGGGACUCAACAUGGAGAACAUUGUGGCAGAGGAAGAGCAGAUGGGUGGAGAUGAAAAACUCAUAAAUACGGGGAGGGCUGAGGAGGAAAAGGGAGAGCUGGAGAUCAGUGAAGCCCUUGGCACUAAGGAGGAACCUGAAACAACCACCGACAGGCCCCGCCCACACGUGGAUCCAAGAUCACACACACACACUGCUUCGGGGAGAAACAGAGUUGCAUCCCGUGUCCCCGUCUCCCGCUCCCAGUCCCCCUUCAGUCACCGCCCUCAUUUUGACUGGAGCUCAGUCACCGCUCCUCCACCGCCUGUGCACUCUUUCUCCCGCUCUCGUUCCUCACCUUUUGCUUCACCUCUCCACCGCCCAAGCCAAGAGCACAGAGAUAGGGAGCUACACCAAGGCUUCAACCCCCGGGCCCCGCCUGAUGGCAAUGUCUACCCUUUCCAGCACUCGCAUGCGUCGCACCUGGGGGUCGAAUCAAGCAGACACGGCGCUUCUCAGGUGUACAAAUGCUCAGGGCCUGAGAGGGAGUACCGCAGAUGCUUCUCUCAGGUGUGCGGAGGAGGUGCGCUGGACUCCAGAGCAGAGCAGUGUGCGGCCUUUAACACCCAAGAGUUCAUGGGUCGCUUCUACAAUUGGGAGCCUUUCACUGAGGUUGGUGAGGACAAACAGUGCGAGCUGACCUGCAGACCUGCUGGUUAUAGAUUCUACGUCCGUCAGGCAGAGCGAGUCAGAGACGGGACGCCCUGCUUCAAUGUCAGCACCAACGAUGUCUGUAUAGAAGGACGAUGUCUGACUGAGGGCUGUGACGGGGUGCUGGGCUCCAGCACUGUGAUUGACAAGUGUGGAGUGUGUGGUGGGCAGGACUCGUCCUGUCGAAAAGUGACGGGAAGCUUCCAAAAUGCUACCGUUACCCUUGGUUACCACAAGAUCCUGGACAUCCCAGCCGGAGCUAGACUCAUUAACAUCACGGAGAGACGUACCAGCCCCAACUACCUUGCUCUGAGGAGUGGCACCGGGGCAUCAGUGGUAAAUGGACGCUGGGCUGUGGACCCUCCUGGAGAGUAUAAAGCAGGUGGAACUACUUUCACCUACAUCCGACCCAGGGUGCAGUCGGAGGGGAAGGAAGGGAGAGGAGAAUCCCUAAGGGCUCCAGGACCCACCACAACACAGCUGCAACUCUAUGUUAUUUUCCACAAAGACAACCCGGGCAUCGACUAUGAGUUUUACAUGCCUGUGGAGAAAAAGGCAGAAAAGGAAAAGCUGACGGAGAGGGAAAGGGAACCCCCAGUGGAGAUACCCAGAGAGAGGCCACGGGAGCGAGACACGGCGAGGGCACCCCUUCGCAGUCCCCUGACUGUAUCAAUAGAGGACCCACCUCCUGCUUCUCCUCCUAUUUCGGGCCCUUCCUUUCCCUCCCACUCUUCCCCCUCCUCCUCAUCCUCCUCCUCGUCUGUAUUUUCUCAACCAUCUUCAGACCGCUGGACACCUGAGAGGACGCGGCAACGAGGAUCAGCGCCCAACAGGAAUGCGCGGAUCCCUCCUCGCACUGACCUGCCCCCAGACACUCAGCUGCCGUUUGUGUGGAGGAGAGGUGGCCUUACGCAGUGCUCUGCCUCCUGUGGCAAAGGUUUUCAGCAUAGAGUCAUUAUCUGUGUGAAUCGGCAAACAGAUGAAGAGGUUCCAGAGAGGAAGUGUGACUCUGCAGCCAAGCCUGUUCCCGAGGAGGAGCCGUGCAACACACACUCCUGCCCACCAUUCUGGGAGGUCAGUGCGUGGUCGGAGUGCAGUGUGUCUUGUGGGCCGGGCAUGCAGCAGAGGCAGCUCCAGUGUCGGCAGAGCUUUGGAAAUCGCUCCACUAUGGUCCAUCCCCAGCGCUGUGCUAAUCUCACCCCACCACCGUCAACACAGGCCUGCCACCUCCAGCUCUGCUCCCACUGGGAGGUCGACUCCGAUUGGAGCACGUGCUCAGUGGACUGCGGUGUCGGUAAACGGACCAGAAGUGUGCGCUGUGUUAGUGAUCAAGGCGGUGUGGUGAACGACAACGAGUGCAACUCCAGGGUCCGCCCACAGGGAAGUGAGGAGUGCAACAUGGGCCCCUGUGUCACCAACUGGUACUUCACCGACUGGUCCAACACUUGCUCAGCACAGUGUGGCCCUGGGGUGCAGAAGAGAGAAGUGGUGUGCCUUACAAGAGGUGGGGUCAGGGAAGGUGAAGGAGGAGGGGACUGUGUUUCCGAAAAACCAUCAGAGCUGAAGGCCUGUAACAGUGGUCCAUGUGUGCCAACGCUCACAUGGUUCAGUAGUCCUUGGACAAAGUGUAAUGUUCCAUGUGGGGAUGGAACCCAGCGCCGAGACAUUAUUUGUGUGAAGAAAAUGGGAAAUGACUUCACUGUUGUGCCCUCCACUGAGUGCGCUCAUCUAGAAAAGCCCGUUGCAGUCCAAGAGUGCCAGAUGGGAGAGUGUCAGUCAUCAUGGUUCACAACAGAAUGGAGCGCGUGUUCACGUUCUUGUGGGAGGGGCUUGCAGGUGAGGGAGGUUCGAUGUCUUACACCAGACAAAACGCACAGCCAAGCAUGCGAUGCCAGCAGCAAACCCGAACAGGAACAGGCCUGCAACACAAUACCCUGCGGCCCACAAGUCACAGAUAAAAACUGUAGGGACAGACGGGAUAACUGCAUGAUGGUGGUGCAGGCCAGAAUGUGCGUGUACCCCUACUACAAAACUGCCUGCUGCGCCUCCUGCACACAGAGUGCUCAGCGGGCCAAGAGACAAUGAGCAGCUACAGAGCGUCCUGCAGUGAACGCAACCAAGAAUGAGCUCAGAAUGCCGGAUGACCCCCGAGAGAAGGAGUCUUUAAAAAUGGACAGAAAAGACUUGAUUUGGCAUUCAGAUAACAUUUAGCUCUUUAUUCCUGAGUCUUCAGGAGAAAACAUGUGAAAGCAGCAAGCUCCUUCUUCCACAAGUCAGUUGAAUCUAAUUUAAUCUCCACUUUUUUUUUUUACAACAAAUUUACUAUGUGUAUGAACUGAUGCAAUGAUGGAGUCUGUUCAUCUCUUGGAAGCUCAUUUCGCUGGCUGUUAGGUCGUAAAUGAAAGUGCACGCUUAGACUGUGUUUCAAGAGCAGAUUUAGCUUCUAUCUAGAUCCCCACAAAUCCAAAGGAUCUUGAAUUUAGAUCAGUCUGACAUGCAUACCACUACUCACAAGUUAAAUUGUUACCACAUGUGCCCGACAAGCCGUUGUGCCGAAGGUCUCCUGGAGCCGAUCUUUGCAUGCGUGUCCCCCAGCCAACCUAGAAGGAUCUAUUUACAUGUCGUACGUAUUGUACUGUUUGCCAAAAAGAUUUCCUCAAGUGUCCUUUAAAUCAGUAUUUGUACAGGUGAACCAAAGGGGUGUGUUGACCAAAAUAGGUUGCAGUUACUAAAUAGAAAACGGAAUUGAUAUGGAUGUUAAACAGCACGACCUCUGUGUUCAAUGUUCAGUUCUAGGAAGAGAAAGAUAUUUUAUUUCUUGAAUCCAAUUAGUUUUUUUUUUAGCAAUGACGCAAAAAAGAUUAAAAUAUAAGUUUUGUAAGAAAAGGUGGUUUUUAUUUUUGUAGAUGUAAGCAUGGCACCUUUCGGUCAACAUGUGGCACGGAAAGGAUUUUGAAAAAUAACAACUUCCCCUGUUUUUUGUUUUUUACAAAAUAAAAGCAGCAAUUUAUAGUUUAGACUUCACUUAACAGCUUGCUGUUCCUCUUUAAAUUUUCUUUUUUUUAAUAUUAAAAAUAAAGCACAGUUUUUAACUUGACAGUCAUUACAGUAAUAAAAAAUAAUUGCUAGACAUCACCUUUUUGGAAGAAAUGUUAAAGAUUGCUCAAGAAUUAGAGAACCCCACUAAGACUGGACAAACACAUAUUUCCGUAAUGUCCGAUUAAAAAUGCAGUCAAAUUUAAUUCUGCUUUGACUAAAAAACUUUGCUUACUGAAGGGGCAACUUCUGUAUAUGUGUGUAAUUAUCAUUAUAAGUCAUUUUAACUUGCCUUCCCUUCACACAUAUGCAUGCACACUCAGUCAAGGUUUAGGAAACUGUAUAUUUGCCGAGUAAGUUUGAAUGUUCAUAAUUGCCUUGCUGCGCUUGUAUGUUUUUAUAUAACUGAGAAAAGUUGUACGCAGUGUUGGUGUAGGCUUCACGCAUUCGUAUCUGUCAUUUAAUUGUUGCAUCGGUCAAAAGAAGCUCUGUGACGUCUAAUUGUGCGCUGGUUUUAUAAAUGUUUUUGUCUGUGUCUGUAUAGUUUUGUGCCGCACAGCUGUGGCUUUGAAUGUUUCAGUUUCGUUUCUAAAUCCUUGUAGUAUAAAUUACAUUUUAUAAGUAUAUAAACAAAACAAAAAGGAUAGUAAUUUAUCUAUGAUAUGAAGAGCAUGUAAUUUAUUUUUAUUUUUAGGAAUUUUUGUUAUCACCAGAGUUUGUGACAUUUUUUGUAUCUUAUUCAAAAACGGACAGCAGCGUGCGAGGAAUUAUUAUCUUAAAGCUUAAGUUUAAAUAAACCUGAAAUUACAGAAAAA